UCAGGAUGUAAACAUUUUCAGCGCUUACGAUUAUCCUCCGGAGGCAUCCAGCGCCACUGCACUUGCGUCGCCACCUAAAAUCUCAACCCACACCGUCACAAGCAGCAGCAGCGCUACUUAGACGCAGGCAGCGGCACUUGGUGCAGACGCAGGCAGAGCAUCCGCAUCCGUGCACUCAACUGGCAGCAACACAACAUCCACAUCCCCAAUGGCCGAUCGCCCGCAUCGUGCGGUCAUCAUAUACGGCGACGGGCUCCUCAUCGACGGCCCGCCUCCGUCGGCUCGUUCACCCGAGCCCUCGUCGCGAAUCUCCGCGCCUGCCGAUCAGCGAACGCCUCUGGAGGUGGUCGACGCGCCCGCGCUGCACCGGGUGGCUGCUGACGGCGUGUCCGGGCUCCUGGCGCUCCGACAGCUCCCCGCACACGUGAGUGCGGCGCAGAGGGAGGCGUUGGAGCUGGCUCAGCUGCUGGACGUGUUCCACUGCGCGCACGCUCCUCCCGCCCCGCACGUUCCAGACACCCAGCCGGCCGCUGUGAGCAGCGCAGAUCCCAGCGAUCCCAGCACUGCUGCUGCUGCUGCUUCCUCCGCUGCUGCAAUCUCAUGGAGCACCAACCCCGCACCUCUGUCUGACCGCUUCAUUGGCAUGGAGGCGUCAUUCCUCUCUUCCUCCCCCGCCUCCCUUGUUCUCGCCCGCGCUGCUGGCUUCCGCACUACUCGCCUGCCGCUUGCCGCACACCCCUCCUCCUCGCACCAUCUACUCGUCACAGGCGAGCCCGUCGUCGACUCCUGUGACGGUGCAGCAGCAGAAGCCAAAGCAGACGCAGGAAGAGGGGAAGCAGCAGCAGUGGAAUCAGCAGCAGCAGGGCCAGUGGGGUCAGGCCCAGUGGCAGCAGCAGCAGCAGCCGUAGCAGACCCCUCGGUGUUGGCUGCUCGGAUCGUGGCGGCUCUAGGGCUGCACCGGGAGGAGGUGCCAGGACCUCCCCCUAGCGCUGCAGAGAGAGAGCCGGGGGAAGUAGAACUGGUGCUGGUCCAUGUGCGCCCCGGUGACGUGGGCGCCUGGGGUGGCGAGGGGGGGAAGGCAGCAGGUGGUUUACCAGGAGGAGUAGCAGCAGGAGCAACAGAAGCAGCAGCAGGGGCUGUGACAGGAGCAGGCGAGGGAGGGGGAGAGGAGGCAGGGGAUGCGGGUGCUACGGCGAGACAAGGCAAGGAAUUGGAGGCGUGGGAGCAGGCAGAGCGUGCGAUUGGCUGGGUGGAUUCCCUAGUGGCCGCGCUGCUGAGGUGGCGCGAUGGGAAGGAAGGGAAGGGGGCGGAAGGCAAAAAGGAGGGGGAAGGGCCUGGUGGCGAGGGAAGAACAGUGCCUGACGACCAGUCCUCCUCCGCGCGCCUCAGGGCAGAGAGCCAUCUGUACCUCGCAGUGGUGUUUGGGUACGGGGAGCAGGGGAACCAGCAGGUGGCUGGUGCUCUAGUGCAGUCAACCACCGAGUCAGACCAGUCGUCCCAGCCCCUGCUGUCCCUGCCCCAUCUCGCGCCGCUGACGUCUGCUUCGUCGACGGACUCGGCGCCACCGCUGCCGCCGCGCGUGCCGUUUGUGCCACGCCAGAGCUAUGAGCUGAGGGGAGACGAGCCAGUGAAGGGCGUUCGCCACCACCACCCUCUGCUAGUCACCCGCCACCUGCCAGCUGUCACCCGCUGCGACGAGGCGACGCGCUUCGGCAUGCAAGAGUGCCUACAGAAUGGUGGAGACCGAGCCAUCUUAGCAGAUCGCUUCAUAUACGAGGUUGCAUUCAAGCUGUGGAGGUAUCCCAAGUAUGGAGCUUAGCUCUGACAUGUCAUGUAAUGUAACGUCUCUUCUUUUCACAUCUGUUGGGCUGAGAAAAGCACUUAGGAUCUUUUCAGAGACUAAGUCCCAGUUGUACAAGAUACUUGAGUAGUGCAGCGGAAGUUGAGUAGUUGAACCCUUGCACUAGUAUGUGAGAGCAAGUGACUUAUUAAAAGAAACAAGCAUAC